CCGGAAGCGUUUCUAGGAGACGGCCGCCCCGGCCCGGCAGCAGCGCGGCGGGCGGGGGCUGCAGCCGGGCGGGCACCGCUAUGGAGCACAUCCGCACCACCAAGGUAGAGCAAGUAAAAUUACUAGACAGGUUCAGCACGAGCAAUAAGUCACUGACGGGAACUCUAUACCUGACAGCAACUCAUCUCUUAUUCAUCGAUUCGAGCCAGAGAGAGACGUGGAUACUACAUCAUCACAUUGCUGCGGUGGAAAAACUUCCCUUGACUACUUCUGGCUGCCCCCUUGUCAUCCAAUGCAAGAACUUCAGGAUAGUUCACUUUGUUGUUCCCAGAGAAAGAGAUUGUCAUGACAUUUAUAACUCCUUGCUUCAGCUGUCAAGGACAGCAAAAUAUGAAGAACUGUAUGCCUUCUCCUACAAUCCAAAACAAAAUGAAUCUGAGCAAGUCAAAGGUUGGCAGCUUAUUGAUCUAGCAGAAGAAUAUAAGAGAAUGGGAGUGCCAAAUACUAACUGGCAGCUCUCCGAUGCAAAUCGUGAUUAUAAGAUUUGUGAAACCUAUCCUAGAGAACUCUAUGUUCCCAGAACUGCAAGCAAGCCUAUAAUUGUUGGUAGCUCCAAGUUCAGAAGCAAAGGAAGAUUUCCAGUGCUGUCGUAUUAUCAUAAAAAUAAAGAGGCUGCAAUAUGCAGAUGCAGUCAGCCUCUCUCAGGUUUCAGUGCCAGGUGCCUGGAAGAUGAACACAUGUUGCAAGCCAUCAGUAAAGCGAAUCCUUCAAACCGCUACAUGUAUGUCAUGGACACCAGGCCGAAGCUUAAUGCAAUGGCGAACAGAGCUGCUGGGAAGGGCUAUGAGAAUGAAGACAAUUACUCUAACAUUAGGUUCCAGUUUGUUGGCAUUGAAAAUAUUCACGUAAUGAGAUCCAGCUUGCAAAAACUUCUGGAAGUCAGUGGCACGAAAGGUUUGUCUGUCAAUGACUUUCUGUCUGGUCUGGAGAACUCUGGAUGGUUGCGUCAUAUCAAAGCCGUGCUGGAUGCUGCUGUCUUCCUGGUCAAGGCAAUAGCGGUUGAGAGCGCGAGCGUAUUAGUGCACUGCUCAGAUGGCUGGGAUAGGACUUCCCAAGUUUGUUCUCUUGGAGCUCUCUUGCUAGAUUCUUACUACAGAACAAUCAAAGGAUUCAUGGUCUUGAUAGAGAAAGACUGGAUCUCUUUUGGGCACAAGUUCUCUGACAGAUGUGGUCAGUUGGAUGGUGAUCCAAAAGAGAUCUCGCCAGUGUUCACCCAGUUCUUAGAAUGUGUGUGGAAUCUGACUGAGCAGUUUCCACAAGCCUUUGAAUACAAUGAAGCUUUCCUCCUUCAGAUCCAUGAACAUGUCCAUUCCUGCCAGUUUGGUAACUUCCUUGGAAACUGCCAAAAAGAGCGAGAAGAACUCAAGUUAAAAGAGAAGACAUAUUCCUUGUGGCCAUUCCUUCUGGAGGAAAAGAAGAAAUACCAGAAUCCUCUGUAUAAUCCAGAUUUUUUUCCAGGACUAACUCUUUUGGAGCCUAAUACAGUAUCGUUCAAUUUUAAGUUUUGGAGAAAUAUGUACCAUCAGUUUGAUCGAAGCAUGCAUCCCCGGCAGUCUGUCUUCAAUCUCAUAAUGACCAUGAGCGAACAAAAUAAACAACUGGAGGAAGAAAUUAAAGAACUGGAAGCUAAAAUAAAGCGGAGAAGUGGGCAGUCAGCCGCAGUCCCUGUGAAGGACCACCAGCAGCCUGCUCAUCCUGCACCCACGGCACUGAAAACCCCUCCGUGCUUCAAGAAGGAGCCGCCGCUGCUCCCCGUGAGCGAUGCUGUAAGAACUAUAGAGGGCAGCAACGCAGCAGACAAUCGCUACAGUGAGUUCGUGGAAGAGUUCUCCAAAUCCGAGCCUGCUGUCGUCAGCUUGGAGUAUGGAGUGGCCAGGAUGACCUGCUAAUUAAAAUGCGGCACUGCGGUCCUCUUCUAGCCUGGUUGAAUUGAGACGGAUUAUUUUGAGGAUGGGUCUGUGCUGCAUGACCAAAACAUGAUCCGUUUAUCAGCAAAUUUCAUUAACCUAGAUUAGAACAGCAUGCUAGUUGUCAAGUGUUUGCUGUUCUUUUAAGAGGAGAAGGAAAGUGUAGCUGUCUUUUGAAAGGAAUAGGGGCAUUUGGUAAGUAGUGACUAAAAUCAAGGAAUGGUAUGUCUUUGGACUUAAAUCAGUUUGCACUAAUUUGAUUAAAAUUGUAUAUUACUUUAUUCAGUAUAGGAAAACACAGGUGGUCUUUCACAAAUUGGUUUUAUUUGGGCAAGAAAACUUGAACUUUCUAUUUUAGGAACUGAAGCUACAUGUAUAUAUCGCGUAUUAUAUGAAUAUGUAUACCCUUAUUUAAUGUCACCCAGUACUAACUUUCAGUGUAUUAAGUGCCAUGAAAAAGUACGAUAUAUUUCAAGUCAUAAUAGUUGGCCUUAAACCUGCCAGAUCAAUGAUAUUGUUUUCCUUUACUACUGCAGUCUACCUGGCUCUGUUUACAUUGUAUUUGCUCAAAUUCUUAUUUCCUUAAAACAGGACUGAAUAUAAGGAAUGAAGCAUGCCUAAGCUGGCACAGCCUUUCAGCAAAUAGCUAUAUGAAUGUUAACUUAUCACUGAAGACCUGUUCUUUCUUCCAUUUCCUUUGUUUAGAAUGUAAUAGGUUGGCCUGAUUUUUUCCUCUCUGGCAGCUCAGUAUAUUGAGCAUCAUUGAAGCUACAGGUUGUCUGACCUUAAAUGUUUUGAUUUGUGGCAAGAUAUUUAAUUGUAGAGUAAAAAGAGUAAAACACAUCAUGUAAGAGAACAAAACGUAGCCAAUAACUGAAUAGUCAGGUUCAUUCAGGUUGUUUCCUAUGUGCUGUGCAGUUGUUCAAGUUGCAAGAAUGGCAGCAGAAGUCUUGCAAGUGUGGUCUACUGACGUUCUUCCCCAUGUGAAAAAGAGUUAUUCAUUCAUGUGUCUGAAGCUCACAGGAAACUGAGUGCCUCCUGAAUCUUUCAUUAGAAGAAAAUUUUAGUUAUUGGUGAAACACUCUUGUAAAAACUUGUCCAACCUGUGCAUAUUUUAGGAGUCUCCAGAAUGUACUGAAAUGACUCGCGUAAUUGGAGCGAAGACAAAAAAUACUUCUAGUGGAAUGUGGUAGAGAUCAUGGGACAUAAAAAAAAUGGGGGACAUUUAGAGUUUGUAAGCUUAAUUAUGUAUCUGUAACUUUCUAGUAAGAUAGGAGGUUUUUGCUGAAGUUUAUCAUGAUGAGUUUUCUGAGCAGGUAUCAGAAUAAGGAAGAAAAACGCUGGUGCCCAGCUCUUAAAUGGAGGUAUAGAUUGUAACUUUGGGGUAUUAAAUUCCCUAGGUAUGAUGUUAGAUUAAUGCUACUAACCUUUUAUCUCUGGAUUUAAAUCACUUUUGGUUCCAAGUGAAAAUGAGUUUAUUCUCACCCUAAUCCCUGAAGUCUGUUUUGUUAAAAUUACUGGUGUGCCACAUGCAAUUUGACAUAAUUGGCAGCAUUUCCCUCUGCACCACAUCGGAUCCAGGACUCUCUUAACAAGGCCAGGGUAGGUCGUGAUUGGGUUGCACUUGUGAAGCUGUCUGGGAGAAAUCAACUGCGACUCCUGUAUUUGAGUACUAAUUCACCUGUUUCACUAAUUUGUUUUUAAAAGACUGUAAGUGUAAAUAAAGAUUCCUAAGUAUCUUUAUUCCCAAAGAUAUGAGCAUAGUGUCAUCUUUAAAAUACAUUAUCCAGUCACUUAAAAACGUUUAGAAUUUCUUCACCGCAGAUUUUGGUAGUUUCACAUUUGCCUUACAGGGUUGCAGCAAGAGAGGGUUUUGUGCCUUGUUAUGUAUUGUCUCCCCUUCUCCCUCACCUUCUAUAUCAACUUGGUUCUAUGGUUUUCCUUUGGAAAAACAUCCUAUAUAUUAAGCUUGUAUUGUAUCACAGUAGUGAAACAAAUUUAUUGCUGACGGUAUAGGUAAGUGUUAUCAAUUUGCACUUGUUUAAUUUUUAGCUGCUCUGGUGUGCCAUGUACAUAUUUUAUAUUUAUUGUUUAGAGUUUAUAGACCCAAAGGAUUAUAUUAAGCUUUUUUGCAAAUACUGUUGUAUGUUGUUUUUACUUCAACAACUGAGUGCCCCUGCGUACAAGGCUUUUGAAGAGAAGAACUGUUCCCUUUCAGUACUGGUCAAGUGAGUUUAUUUCAGUCUUCAGGCCCUUCCUAUUGCCAGAGUUCACUCCUUAGCAUAAGGAACCAGGAUGUCUUUUUAUUUUAAACCAAGGUAGGUGUGUUAGAUCAGCUUUAAAGUGCAAUAAAACUGUCUGCUCAGACACAGAACUUAUUUCUUCAUCAAAAGAUACAAUACUUCCUGAUCUGAAGUAAAUAUUUCACUCCAGUUAAUACGUGAAUAGAGUUUUGUAAGGCUGUUUUGUCGAGCAGCCGCCUUAUAGAGUCCAGAUAGCUCUGCCAGCUCAGCUCCCAGGGUCACCAGCAAGAGAAGUUCCUGCAGAGAGGCAGCUGUCUCUUCUCGUUUGCUGUUGAGGCUUAAGCCAAGACUACCCUAAAGCACGGGGGACCUGCAGUGAAGUAAAUAGAUGGUAGUGAAGUGAGCUCCAGCAGCAAGCUUGGCAGGGUGGCCAGGACUCGGCACAGUGGGGCUGUCCUGUGCCCUUCAAGAAGGGCUUAAAAAACAUCAAGCAAGUUGACUAAACUGGCAGAAGCCUUCUGGGAGCAGAGAGAAUUUUAAUUCUUAUUUCAGUGGAUGAGCUUCUCUUCGUCAUGAACAUGCCACUCCGUGAACAAUGAAAGGUGCCUGGUACAGAUCAAAAUAAUGCCCAGAGCUCUUUCACGCCGUGUAAUUGGUGGACUCACCAGUGGCUUGGGAAUGUAAUGUCCUGGAUAGAAAUUCGCUAUAGUUGAUUCUGCUCCAUCACCUCUCAAUUCCGUGCUUUGUCUUGAGAAGGUCUUGGUAAAGUCUUUGGGUUUCUACGUGACUGAUCUUUUUUCCAAUCUGAAUGCUAUAAAAGAGAAAUAAUUCCUUUUAAUUAAUUGAGCUGGUAGUCUCACCUGAGCAACAAAAACUGAUUUCACUUUGUACUCCAGGCAGUUAAAAAUAUUUAUUUCACCAGCACCAAAAGAGUUGGGCUCAUUUUUGGGAGGCUUGCUAUUGUCAUAAUGUUUUCUUCAAUACGAGUUUAAGUAUCCAACUGUUCUGUUUUUGUAGGCCGACUGCCAAAUCAACAGACUAAGAAAUUAAUUAAGCAACGCUGAACUGAGCCUGUGCAUUUUCCACACAUGUCCAAUUACUAGUGACCUAAAUCUAGGGCAAAAGCCUGCAGUCUGGAGAGUCCUCUUAGGGAAUUGGAACAGCAGCCCUUCCACAAAACCACACAUCCCUGUGCGGAACAAAUGCCCUCAAAAAGUGUUCCAGAGGGAAAGUUAUCACAAGCUGUGGAGGUUUGAUUGUGUUUCUUCCUCAGGAUAAGCCUUGCUGGGAAGGGUGAUGUGUUCUUCCUCUGGAGCUCCUGUGUUCCUGAGGCCUUUUGGUAACGUAACGCAUCAGCGGAUCUCUGAGAACUUGCUGCUCCCCUUCUGUAAACUGCGCACGAAACAAGUGGGGCUGGGGUAGCUUGGCUUAACUGCUGUCCUCCUAGGGAAGUGACGUAAAUAAUAUAGAGAAAUUUGCUGUUAAAAUAGCACGGGGCACGUGCUAUCAACAUCUGUUUGUUAGAGUCCUGCCCUGCUCUUGAGUAAGUGGUGUGAGCGUGGGGGCCUCGCAGAAGUGAGAUGGUUGCUUUCUAGUUAGAGAUAAUCUGAAUUCAAACUAGAUCAUCCCUCCGUGGUGGUAAUUUAUGCAUCUUUAGGUCAGAAUGUAAAGGUUGUUCUUGAAACUCUUGUUUAGUUGCCAAUAGCUCUAAACCUGUAGCUGAUCAUAGGCUAAGUAUACCGGUCGUGAAACCUAUAUUGACCUUUAGGAUUAGAUCUUUAGGCUGAAUUCUGCUUUGACUGGCUUUCACCACGUAUGCCACACUUUGCUCCAAGCAUUCCUUAUUGUGGUGCUUGCUAUCUGUCAGGUGUAACGGGCUUCUUUGUGCUUUGGGUGUUUCAAAAACCUGGAAGUAAUGUAACUUUCUUCCACUGUUCUGAAGGCUCAGACCAGCCCUUAGUGAACAGCGUGGGUGAGCUCAUGUUUGAUCUUGACCUGCCUGCGUGUUAAAUAGCAUUGAAAAACAGCACAGAACCAUAAUUUGGUGGUCGGCUUCUGUAUGCACAAUAGGCUUAAGGAGAAGGAUGUAGUCAGGGACCCUUGUCACAGCACGUAGCAAGGAACGGGACCCUGCUGGGGUGUGACUCAUUAAAAGUGGAAGCAGUAGGGCUGGUUUGAUGUGCAGCAGGGACUCAAGGAGGAGGGUCAGAGGCACGCUGCUUCUGAGAGCAGUUUCCAGGUCCCAGAGAAUUCAGUGACCUGGUCUGUGAAGCACUUGUAACCAGGCAAUUCUGCGCUGGCAUCAAGCAACAGAAAGUAUAUAUGGGUCUGUUUCUCCAUCUACUGGCUUCAAGUAAUAGAUGUCUUGUUGGUGACAUUGAAAUUGGGGUGCAAUAUUUUGUUUAUUCUUGUUUAUAGUUUAACCCAAGGUCAGUUGUCUACUGUUUAUAAUUAAGUGGGAUUACAGUUCUUGACACACUAUGAAAGCGUUUCCCAUCCUAAUGACAAGGUUACUGUGUACAUAUCUUGUGCUUUAUAUCUCUGCAUAGAUUCCUGCUGAACACUUCCCUUGGAGUAGGCAGCCCUGGUGUGAAGUCCCAGGCUGGGACAAAGGCAUUCCUAAUUACCCUGCAUUACAGGUCCAUUUCCUUCCUCUGUCUUACUGUUGCUUUUCGCUCUUAUAGUUUAUCUUUACACCUGUCUGUUGGCAAUGACCCUUGACAAACAUCUUUCCAUCAAAGAAAACGGGUUUGUUGUUUUUCUUUGUCUCAGGGAUUUUUACCCCUGGACUAGUGAACUUGAAAAAUAUUGCUUGCUCUCCCUUUCAGGGCUCCUGAGUGCCUGCUGACUCCACAGUCAGUUUACUUACGCCUUUUUAACUUCAGACCUGGCUAUUUAAAAAAUAAAAAAAAAAUCCAAAUGUUGAAUGUGGCAGAGGGAAAGGAAACUGUUUUCAUUGUAAUGUGUCUGGAAAGACUGGCUGUUUCACUGGCAUUUAUUGCUGUAUGUACCGCUCUGUAAAAGUCAUUGCUCUGUGUGCUGGGAUCAUGCGUGAUGUAUAUUCCUCAAGAAACUUCAGCAAAUGGAAAUUUGUAAUAAGUAUUUUAUUUGUACGUGUUUUGAAAAUCCAUAAAGCUUAAAAUAAACUUAUCUUAAUAUUGCCAGUC